AUGAAAAAUACCAAUCAUAACGGAAAGAAUAAUAAUGAUGUUGGUAGCAGUACUGCUACAAAAAUGGUUACCUCCAGUGGAAAGAAAAUAAAAAAAAAACGAAACUUGCUUCGCUUAAGAAUUAGAGUUUUGUUUAAGGAGCAUGAAGAUCGGUUUUUGUUUCAUGGAGGGAAUCGCAUGAGCCUGACAGAGUUUAAGAAACAAGUCAUUGAUUAUAGCAUGCGAAGAAACGAAGAUGUGACAAAAGAAAUGAUGGAUGAGGUGGCACUUUUCACUGAAGAUGGUUAUGAGGUGGCUAGAUUUGAAGAUGAGGCCAAUGAACUUGAAUUAGAGGAUUCAUUUAAAAACAAUGAAGCUGUAGUUUUCCUUACAAAGCAAUCAAAUAGUAUCCUAUACAGAUAUGACAGAGAAUUCGAUUUAGAUAGCCCGUAUUCAGAAUUGAAUGUACAUGGAAAACGUGGUUAUGAUUGUGUUACUGAUUUUACAACAGAUACAAAUGAUAACAUUCUUCGUGGACCACAAAAUGACAUGGUUUUGCAUAACAAUUGGCUAGUUACUUCCAUCAAUAAUAGUGUUAAGACUGACAAUGAUGAGAACGGAAAAGAAAAUUCAAGUGAUUCAUCUGAUUCAUCUGAUUCUGAUAGUUCUUCUGAUAGUUCUUCUGAUAGUUCCUCUGAUAGUUCUCCUGAUAGUUCUUCUGAUAGUGAAAGUAAAGAUGGUAGAGGCGAUGUUGGUAAAGGCAAUCCUGGUAAAGAUGAUGACGACAGUGAUGGCUCAACUUCAUCCUCAAAUACUAUUACGGAGAAUAUUAAGAGAAUAAUCAAAGAUGCAUAUCGACGAGACUUGUUUGUCAAAGAGAAAUAUCCUCAAGAUGUAGUUAUUGAAAAAUUCACUCGUCAAACAUUAAUGAACAAUUUUCCAGAUGACGAAAGAUACAGUGAAAGAGAGAAGUGGGAUGUUGUGUGGUUUACUCUUAGAGGACCUUCUUUAGAAUUGUUUAGAAUAAUUAGAGGGAACGCUGUGAGAAGAAUUAAAACUACAUUAUUUCAAAAAUUUAAGAAGUUGGAGGCGAUAAACAAUGACGCGUCUAUGAAUCAAAUAUUGGAGUGGAAAAACAAAAAACCAACAAGAGAUGUUCUCUUAUUAUUAAAUGAAAUUGAGGAAGAUGAAGAUCGAACUUAUUUAGAAGUCAUUACACGACUUGCAUUUUCUCAUGAUAAAGGUAAAGUGAAUGGUACUAACAAGAGUUUUGUCUGGGCAAUUAUAAAUGGCUUCAUAAGUGCAGAUAAUGACUCAUUGCAUCUUGAUGAGACUGUAAUUAUUCCAUUAAUGGAGAAAUAUCAAAGAGAGGUAGAUGGUGAUAGUCAUAAUAUUGAUGUUAAAUUAGAAUUUUAA